AUGACACAAUCUGAGUCCGGUUAUUAUGUGGAAUCUUCAUCACCAUUGGAUUCAGCGCUGUUUUUCGUACUGGCUGCUUUUAUUUUAAAUAUUAUUGUCGUCUUCAUGGCAUUCUGCUAUUUCGAUCCAUCUCCGGAACCGCCAUUGAUCAAUCGGACAUAUAAUACGCUGAGACGACUCAGCAAAGGGCGAUCCAGUAGUCAUCAGUUGAAAGAGGCUGAAGAUUCGAAUGCAGUUUUGUUUGUUUAA